CGUCGCGUAUAUUAUAAAUGUCAUUGGAUAUAAAUAAAUACAUUUUUUUUAUUCUGUAAAAACGAAAAUUCUUAUCAGUGGUCUACGCAGAAAAUUAUGUACCUAUUUGAUUAUAAGUAAAAUCGACGAAAUGCGCGUGUAUCCAUGUACCUUUGUGCUUGCAGGGGAAUGUCAGUUCUAAAAAAUAUCAAGGCUCACUAGAAAAACAAGCAAAAUCAAUAUUUUCAAUUUCAUCGCAACUAAUCUGAGUUGGAUCGAUUGUUCAGUGUAAUAUAAAUUUUAUGAACAUUGGACAGUUUUAAAACCAGCUAAAUAACAAUUAUACAUAAUGCUAAACACUAAUUUAGUCGUCCCGGUUGUGCUUUGGGGUCCCAACACUCCCACUCAUUGCGUUUCGAGCGUUUUCUUGUCACGGGACCAGAAAAUCCUUGCUACUGGGUGCUACGAUGGGCAAAUUUGUUUGUGGCAAGUUGACCCGGACUCGCUGCAAAUGACUCCACGCUGUUUACUUGUAGGCCAUACUGCGCCAGUUCUCUGCCUAUCUAGAGCGUCAAUCGUACAGGAUAACAAUUUCUUGGUCAGUUCUUCAGAAAAUGGAGAAAUGUGCACCUGGGAUUUAGUAGAUGGCAAAUGCACUGAAAGUAUAAAAAUGCCGCAGGUUCAUACCAAUAUUCAAGCAUAUCACAUGGCAAAUUGUGACGACAUUCGCCUGUUUUGUAAUGGAUAUUAUGCGGAGAUAAUGGUGAUGGAUCCAUUUAGUCUAGAAGUCUUGUUUAGCUUGAGUUCAAAAGUAAAUCCGGAUUGGAUCUCUGCUUUACACGUAUUAAGACCAUCGAAACGCAAAGACGACGUAGUACUAGCUAUCACGACUACUGGUACUGUUAAAGUUUGGACCUUGAUUGGCAAUGAAAACAAAUAUUCCGAGCCUAUUUAUGAAAAUGAAUCGAAACAAAUUCGUUGUUUAAAUGCCAUAACUAUGAACUGCUGCUCUCAGAAUCAGCGAACAGUGUUAAUCGUGUGCGCAAAAUACUGGCAGAUUUAUGACGCAGGAGAUUUUACCGUUUUAUGCAGUGUAAUUUCGCCAUCCGGAGAAAGAUGGAUGGGGGGAGAUUUUCUCGCAAACGAUCGUGUCAUUCUAUGGUCAGAUGAAGGAAAAGGAUAUAUGUAUCGUUUACCGGCCAAUAGUAUUCCGGACAACAAAGAUUUUCAUGGUCCAUCAGUGGGUAAAGAUUCCCCGUACUUAUACUGUGUGCUGUCGCAGACAGGAGAGAAACCACUAUCGUGUCCCCCGACUAUAAAACUGGUUACCUCAAACAGAGGCGGCAAGGUUCAAAAAUAUUUAUUACGUGGUGAUUCGGAAGGGUUUAUCAAUAUCUGGGCUGUUCCAGAUAUAACUAUGGAACAAAUCAAGGUGAUUCAGAAUGAGAAACAAUUACCUGCAACACUUGAGUCAACCAUAUGCACUAGUUUGGAAGAAGCAUGGAAUAAAAUGAAUCCACUACCUGUGGGAAUACUGGAUCAAUUAUACCGGAAUAGCAGUGAACCAAUGAUUAAGUUAACGGCCAGUAUUUAUCUGCCACAACAGAGUAGAUUGGUAGUUGGGCGUGAAGAUGGCAGUAUCAUUAUUGUUCCUGCUACUCAAACAGUGAUGCUUCAUUUGCUUCAUGGUCAACAUCAAGAAUAUAGCGAUUGGCCUUGUCAUCAAAUUCUAAAUGGACAUAGUGGUCGGGUCAAUUGUUUACUAUGUCCAUCUUUGGCGCAUCCACGUUAUGACAAAUCACAUCUUGUUUCUGGAGGAGUAGAUUUUGCCGUCUGUCUUUGGGAUCUCUACAGUGGUCAGCUGAUUCAUAGGUUCUGUGUUCACGCAGGAGAAAUAACACAGCUGCUUGUUCCUCCUUCGACCUGCAGUCCACGAAUAUUAAAGUGCAUUUGUUCAGUGGCAUCAGAUCAUUCGGUCACGCUGCUGAGUUUACAAGAACGCAAAUGUGUAACAUUAGCUAGUCGACAUCUUUUUCCAGUUAUAUCUAUCAAAUGGCGUCCAUUAGACGACUUCUUGAUUGUUGGUUGUUCGGAUGGAACAGUGUACGUGUGGCAAAUGGAAACAGGACAUCUUGAUAGAGUUCUUCACGGAAUUCUGGCUGAAGAAGUUCUUAAUGCUUGUGAUGAAAAUAUUGGAGACACUGGUAGCAGCAGUGGCUCUACAUCAGAUAUAGGCCUAGCAAAUCCUGCUGUACAUUUCUUCAGGGGUCUACGGCAUCGCAAUUUUAACGCAAUUCGUCACGCAACCCAACGUGGUAUUCAUCAGUUGCAGCAGCUUCAUGCUCAUAAUAACCAACAUGGAGAUUUUCUAAUGAAGAACAGAAGCAGCCCACUAAUAAUUCAGGGGCUUCGCACCAAUCCCAAAGAUGCUGAAAGUCACAUCUUAUUUUUUGACAUUGAAGGAUUGAUAUUUGAAUUACAUGCAGAAGAGUACGCUGCAAUGAGUCCAAGUACACUGGAGGCGGAAGGGUUACUCGUUUCUGCUGGAGUUGAUACUCAUUCAUCGGAAGCUGGAAAAAAGAUUUCAGAUUUUUUCGGUCGCGUCAAGAAUAAAGCAGGAGACAUGGAAAAAAUGCUAAAAGAAAAAGAUAAACAUGGCAUUUUGGCGAAAAUGAAGGAAGGCGCUGAAAAUGUACAGACUAAAGUGCAAGCAAAACUGGAGAGCGUAGUGAAGAACGUCGGGGAAACGGGUAAGGAUUCGUCAGAUAUAAGUAAGAAGAUUGUACCUCGCAUGGAAGCCACUCAUGUAAUGGAAGUAGCCCAGCUUCUUUUAUCGUUGCUGCAUUCAUGGGGAUUAGACCAAAAUUUAGAUAAAGUGUGUGAAACGCAGCUCGGCUUACUGAAACCGAAGAUUCCAAUCUCUUUUGGUGUACUAUCAAAGGGUGGCUAUAUGUCAUUGCUUCUUCCAACAUGGCAAAACAAUGCAGAUAUCAAGAUCAACCCUGAGGAAAUAAACACUUCCUCUCCAAGCCCGCAACUUUUGAGACAGACGCAUCUAACGAGUAUGUUUACUGCCAGACUACACUGGGAACUUAGCACGACUCUCACUUCAAAUCACCUGUUGGCUUUAAUAUCUAUGUCCAACACGCUAAUGUCUAUGAAUAUGGCCACAUUUAUUCCCGAGCAGGAGCGCAAUCGAAAAUUACAUCGCCAAACAACACGCGCUUCGUGGACAAACGAUGAAGAACAAGAAGAGUUGUACACACAGCAACAAGCACAGAUCAAGCAGGGUUGGAGUCUCCUAUCAACGCACCAUUGCUUUUUACUUCCAGAAAAAAUCGACGCAUUAGAUGCGAAUACUUUUAAACGACCUCAGGUGGAAAUGAUGGCCCGACGUUGGCAACAUCACUGUUUGGAAAUUCGUGAGGCCGCACAACAACUUCUUCUUGGUGAACUUGGUCGUAUGGGCAAAAAGGGUAGAAAACAGCUAGUGGAAAGUUGGGCCCAGUAUUUACCGAUGUAUACUCACACUGAACCAAUAGUUCAGCAAGUUCAAUCUGCAGGACAAUCUAACACCGGCUCUCCAGUAACUACUCCGGGCCCUUUGGAUGUUCAAGAAGAAGAAUCGGAAGAGGAAGAAGAAGUUGUUCGUAAGCCUUCCAGUCUUGCUGAACUUAAGCGAAAGCAAACAACGGCAGUUGUCUUGCUAGGUGUAAUUGGCGCAGAGUUUGGUCAAGAUAUUUCAUCCUCUGAUGGUAAACGAAACAACGAAAACCGCAGAAAGAGUUCAGUAGUAGAAGGUUUCGGUAUUGGAAACAACAAUCUGGCCCGCUCAACAUCAAUGGCUCUUACACAUUUGUUGCUUGCUCCAGCUACACCUAAACUUCCUGCCUAUACUCCACUACGAAGGGCAGCUAUUGAUUUAAUAGGUCGCGGAUUCACCGUAUGGGAACCGUACAUUGAUGUGAGCAAAGUCCUCCUGGGAUUACUGGAAAUGUGUUGCGAUUCGAAUCGACUUAUUCCCAGCUUGAACUAUAAACUUCCUUUGACACCGCAAGCCGAUGCUUGCCGUACAGCUCGCCAUGCUCUAAGAUUGAUUGCUACUGCAAGACCAGCAGCUUUUAUUACAACUAUGGCUCGCGAAGUCGCUCGGUACAACACGAUGCAACAAAACGCACAGGCUAUCAGUGUCCCUAUUACGCAAUCAGUUUUGCAUCGUGCUAAAAGAGAAAUUUUACAAUGCGUUGAAAUGUUGAUCGAUAAAAUGCAAACGGAAAUUGCCAACCUGCUUGUUGAGGUCAUGGAUAUUACUCUGCACUGUGUGGAUUCAGGUGAUUUAAAAAAUAAAGGACUUGCUGAGGUUAGUCCGUCAAUGUGUAAAUUCAACCAAGUGUCGCAUUGCAGUGCUUCACGACGUAUAUCUGUUGGAGCUAGUAACGGUAAUUUGGCCAUCUACGAGCUGCGUCAAAAUAAAUGUCAAAUGAUUCCUGCUCAUACAAAACCGGUAACUGCGUUGGCCUUUAGUCCGGAUGGAAAAUUUUUAGUGAGCUAUUCAUGUGCUGAAAAUCGACUCUCUUUCUGGCAAACCAGUACUGGAAUGUUCGGACUCGGUCAAUCUCAAACCCGGUGUAUCAAGGGAUAUUCAACGGCUCCAAUUCCAGAUGUAGCACGGUUGAAUCCUAUGCGAUUAGCUAAAUUAAUUUGGAUAAAUAACCGAACAGUUACACUCAUGCUAGCUGACGGCUCGGAGACACGAUUUAAUGUUUAAGUAAACAUUGAUUGAACUUAUCUUAAUGUCUAAUUGUUAUAGAUUACCGUAGUGAGCGAUUAUUGCUUGUUAUGUACACAGGCCGCCACCAGAUAGCAGGAUGUAUUAUUCAUUGUUAUAUUAUUUUAUUACUUCCUUCAAAUAGCGCAUUAUAAAUAGUCACACCUUGAUAUAUGAAAAGCGGGCAUUUAUCGGUAAAUCAUUGAUGAUUUUAAAUUGCCGAAAACUGUGCCGGUUAUAACCCAAAUAGUGGUUUUGUGUAGUGAAAAAAAGCAUGAUUUAUAAAACUGAAAACGUCGCACUCAAAGGAAAACAGAAAACAAAGAACAACUUUGAGGCGACCUCAUAGUCGUUAAUCCGUUCGCACAGUCAGCAACUUAUAUAAUUAUGCAAAUUUCGUGUGUUCGGCAGAGCGACGAUGAUUCGGUUUUAUCUCAAUCCUUUUUAUAUCAGAUAUUUUACAGCGACCGCCAGUUCAAUCCUACUUACACACCGGAAGACAGCCAAUUAAAGAGAGGAAAUGAAUGAUUUAUGGUUUGACCCAUUUUUGGAAAUCUGCUGUGAUGGUUGUCUUUCAUUGAAUGGUCGACAAUUUUGACCUGGAUAAGUUUUGAAGUGAAACAGUUAACAACGCUAAAUUGACCAAGAAAGCAAAUUGAGUCAUUGAUAACGAUUUCACGGUAUACAUAUAUUUAUUUCGUUAAAUCGAGCUUCAUCCUGAUAAUAACAUGAUUAGUUUAUUAUUCAGAUUGCUAGUAGUAAAGUUUGCUGUUACAAUAUGGAACCAAUAUACAUAUUAUCGUCAUACCAUCA